CAAUUACGUGAGCAGGCUAUAGUUAGAGUUGGGACAGUGACCUAAGGUUUUUAUUUAGGCUGAAGAUUACGAUAAUACACCAGAUAAAAGCACGUGGUUAUACAGUGUACAAUACAUUGUGUAUAUAGUAUAUUAAUCGUGACGUUUAUACCAACAGGAGUUAUUACACGGAAGCGCUACAUACAUAGGUAAUGGUUUAAAGCCACUGGAGAGAUGCAGGAGUAUUCCAAAGGUAACACGCUGGAUAUAGAUCAGGAGAAGGAGAAAUCUUUAUCAGCAUUUAAAACUGUGCCCAGAGGAUUGAAACAUUCUACUUCGUCCAGGUCGGAAAAGCGUGACAGUGGAUAUUUGACGGAUAAUUCCCCAGCAAACUUUGGGAGUAGUUCUACUUAUUUUACGUUUGAUACUGGUGAUGCUGGUGUGGGGUCUAGAGGGGGACACACCCUUCACCCGUCUGUUGACGAGGAUGAGGAAGUGGAAAUGGUGCUGAACAGUCCCUCGCCAAUGGGAAGGGCGUCGAAGCCUAUCCCCAUCCAGCGCCCUCGGGCUCCCCUCCCCCGGGACAUGUUGGACACAGGUCCAACUCAGGAGCAGGAUGAUGAUGACGUUUUUGAGAAUGCUUCUAGCGUUUGCGAUAUGUUCACAAGGCGGCGGUUUAGGAGCCACGCCCAUCACUUUAGGCCCAUACACGGGCGGACGGUGGGGACUCAAACCCCUAGCCUGCACGGUCAGGCCAUAACGGAAACUAUUAACGUUAUAUCGGACAGAUUCCAUCCCUACCAACAGCCGCCCAUAGCCAGAGGUACUGCCUACGCGCGGCUGAGAUACCACUCUGACGGUGAUGAUUCAGAUUGUCCCUCCCACGGGAGGGAUCUACCCGAUAUCGUCCCCGUCCCCCGGGAUAGGUCCAUAUCACUUCCGGACGUACACCACCAACAGCGACUUGAUGUGGGCCGUGAACUACGGCGAAUAGGAGACGAGUUCCACUUCGAGCUAGCAAGUGCCCCUCCUCGGGUGAGAAGGAACGGCGUUGUGAUGCGGCAAGCUUCGUCUUUUCCCGGAACAACGGCAUUCAAUUUCCAGAAUUGGUGGGAGCAGCUACGGACCAUUUUCUCUAGUCCAGUAAAUAUAGACCAGGACCACCAGCGGAGGAGAGCCUCGUCUUCGGCUGAUCCCGGCUCCUUCCGGAAAGACUUUUGACGUCAUGUCUUGCCAUAUGCAUAUUGCGUCACAACCUCGUGCUUAUCUGGUCACUAUCGGAACCCCUCUAAGGUAUUUGACAAUGAGGAAGAUUAUGACAUUCGUAGCUUUUCUGGACAAUCAAGUCGGUAAGGAGGAUGUUCCGAUCGGUGUUUACAUUAUGGGAUCUCUGGCACAUAUGACAAUGAGAGAGGGCGUUCCGAAUGCCCAAGACAAUUUGUUGACUGGGCAGCCAACCUCCGAGUUGCGUUGUCCUCGAUGGUGCUAUGCAUGUAGAGUAGUAGACACCUUAUGUGGGCUGGAGUGUGUGAGAUGUUGGACAGGUUGUGAUAUGUCUGUUUUUGUGGUAUGCCCAAAGUCAGGUAUAAGAGGUGUAUUUAUUACAAUUCAACGACGUCAAACUCUUUACGGACAAGAGCGAUGAUGAGAAGAAACGAUAGAUCCGGACCAAUCUCUCGAACUCUUACAAAACUUGAGGGCCGCUGACGUAGUAAACAACCACUUAUACAGCUAGAAACUCUACAAAACACUUCAACUUAGUCCUUUAUGUCAAUUGCUCAUACUGGGGCCAAGCCCAUUGUAGGAAGAUCUCAUUUCAUCUUUUUUGACAGAACGUAUUGUUGUAUUUUGUUUUAAUUUGAUAAUUCCUAAGUGCUACGGAGACGACCGUGACCAUUAUCUUACAUUUGGUGCAACGUACUUAUUUGAUAGCUCAGCCACUGCAUCCGGCAACUGGAGACGGUUGGCGGGGGAAAACACGAGGUGUUCAUAAGCCAUAGUUACUCAUUAUAGAGGCAUUUCCGGCAAAUAUUGAUUGAGUUUUCAUUGACAGCGGAGGGAGAUUGUCUAUAGUGUCUGUUUAGAUAAAGUGUUCGGACCUGGUCAUACCCGUCACUUUAUUUGUAAAUGCCAAAUUGAAUUCACAUUUCCGGGACUUGUAUAACACAGGCCAAAUCGUUCAACUGAUACAAUCUCCAAACAACUCUGUAUAUUUCUAAAACGCACCGUUCUGAACUAUUUCCUUGUUGUUUCGACUGUGUAUUGUUUCCAACACGUUAACUUCUUCUAGUGUGGGCAUUACAUUAGUAUAGACAUUGAAUAUACAAACACUUCUUAGUGUCCAUUCAAAAGCAUUAUUCCAUAAUUUUUUUCAAACUCUUUCUUUUGAAAAUGUAGUUUUCUUUCUUCUUUUUUUUCCAUUUUUUCUUUUGUAAAUUUGAUGAAUUUCCUUAUUUCGAUAUGCACAGUGUUCCGAGAUGGCGUAUUUACAAUGCGAGUGCAGGGUACAGUUAUACAUGAUGUUUGUAUUUAAUAUUUACACUAUAAACAAUUACCUCGUUAGAAAUAUUACAAUGUUAUGAUAAUAUCAUUAUUGUACCAUUUGGGAUGUGUUUAUCAAAUCUCAUUCAAUUAAACCACCUAUGCAGAACAGUUUAACAGUAAUUCGUCAUGAUCAAUAUUUUCCCAUCAGUAUAUUCUUGAUGAGCGCACACUUUUACAUUACAGGUAUCAAUAUUAUUUUCUGAAUGAUUUAUUUUGAUAAGUGAAAACUACAUAGAUGCAAACUAGACACUUACUAACAUGUACGUUUAUCUAAUAAUCUCUCUGCUAGUUUUCGUAUCGAAAUGGCGAGAUGCCACCUGGGUUCUUCGUUUCCUUUGCAUGAUGGGAAAUCACGUGAUUAAUAGGGAGGAAAGCUUCUAAAAUGGCGAAGCCCAUACCGCACAGUAAAAGUAAUGAAAUUCAGAGUGUAUUAUGGGUCUGAACGUUGUCAUAUUGCUGAGAAUUUGAAGCAAAUCAGCAGAUAUCCUGAGAUUAUGUUGACAGAAAUUCUCAUUUGUCGACCAUAUGCAUCAAUCGAAUUCUGUACGUGCUUGGAUUUCUUUCAAUAGUAAUAUCAGGUAAUUCAUCUAUGCUGAAUUAGAUGCUUAUCAUUCAUAGUAGCAUAUUCUCGACAAUAUAACAUACAUGUGUUCUGACCUUUCGUGCAAUGUUCGGUCUGUGUGCCGCCAUUUUAAAAUCCGUGUUCCAUAUAAACUCAUCGUGUAUACGGAGUCUGGUGACUGUCAACCGUAUUUAGUUUACACAGGGUAACUCCACGGUUACUGAGCCGUGGAAAACCACCCGAAGUCACCGUUUUAGAUUUAACAGUAGUUUCAUUACGAUAUGUGCGCGUGUGUGAGAGAGUGCGUGUAUGUGUGCGUGUGGCGUUCUGCCAUAAAAUGUGAAGAAAAAACAUUUCUGAAGUUUUCCAAUGAUCUCAAACUUUGUUCUUUUUGUUGUUGCUGACUUUUGUAUAUAGGGAUUCUUUGAUUUUUCCAUUGUGUGUACAUACUUUGUGUGACUAGUUAUCUGUAUAUUAAGUCUGUUUUAACUGUAUAUAGAGUAGGUUAUAUCUUGGCUUUUAAUUGUUAGUGCUUCUUUGUAAAACAGGUAUGAAAUGGGAAUUUUUGACCUGAAUUGCCUUGAAAUUUGAUUACAGGAUACCUGCAUACCUUUGGUUCUUUUGCUUUGUACUAAUUGUUGAAUACUGUAACCGCUUAAUUUUCGCGUGGAUUAAGCAUUCAAGUUUUCUUUGCAUGAAUUAAGAAUGGAGGAUUACUUUGCGAAAUUUUCGAGUUUGUAUAUUGCGAAAUUUUCGAGUUUGUAAAUUACGAAAUUUUCGAGUUUGUAAAUAUGAAAGAUGUUAUCCCAACAAUGAGAGUCAAUUUAUCUACGUAAAUAAUGUUCGCGAAGCCUUUAUUCGGCAAUGACCCUUCUCGAAAAUGAACACCAAAAUAGAGUGGUUUACAUUAUAAAUAAGAUUAUUGGAAAGUUUCGUUAGAAAGUAUUGUGUAAAGAAAAUGUUCCGCGAAUUUCAAUACAUUUUUCAAGACAAUUAUAUAGUUACUAAAAUACUGCAAUGAGUAAAUGUAGUUGAAAUGUGCUUCUCCUUUCAUCACUACUUUGUACAUAGUUAUGUGGACGUGGGUUCGAGUGUUUUCAUGUCACUUCAACGUGCCUCUUUCCUUCCAAUCCAACUUUAUUGUUCACAGAAGAGUCUACUUGUCUUAUUUGCUCAAAUAUAUCUUUAUUAAUUACAAUGUUAAGUUCAUAUUUCUAUUUUUCUUUUCUUUUUUUGCAAUCUUUUACCGUAAUAUUUUAUUUAUUUUCGCCUUUGUUUACCAGCAUCUACAAGUGUGUAAACAACGUUUUCCCGAAGUGCUUAUUUUUGUUCAAUGAAGUACUAGUAUUGGUGACCGAAAGGUGUGCCUCUCACGAUCAUGCAAUCAAUUUAUUUUUGUAAGAAAAGACGAGAAGAGGAUUUUAUUGAAAAGAAAGAAAAAAAAAAUGUAAAAAAGAAUGAAAAGACAAAACUGAAGGUGACGAAUAAUGAAUAAAUGUACAUUGCCUUGAUAA